CCCUGUGACACCUGGCGGGCAGGAAUCUGACAUGGCUUUAAAGCGUCUCCAAUAUCAGACGGCAGUCCCCGAGCCAAACAUAGCCCCUCCUCAGGACCUGCUGACGUAAACCCCCCUGUACCACUUACAUUCACUGAGACCGGCUCAUUCCAUUCUUAAUAUGAGCCUCAGUUUGCAGAGUCCGUCAAUGGAGAGGAAGAAAGAAAUGGAUGGAUUAAUUGGUUAUCAAGGGAUUUAACAUGCUGUUUUACAGUGGAUUUGGUCUUCUUUGGUGUUGUUUUGAAUACUUGGCUACAUCUACACAUUCAUCCACUCCAUUCUAAGGUUUUCACUGCACUUGUCUCUUUGGUUUUUCGUUGACGUACCAUGAGUUCUGCUGACUCUAGCUCAGGCAUGGACCUGCUCCAGGUUAGAAUCGAGUCUUUGAGUAGUAAAAUGGACCGGCUGAUUAGUAUCCAGGAAAAAGUGCUCAGCCGAUUGGACGGCAUGUCUCAGGACAUCGACGGAAUCGAGAGAGACGUAGAAACGCUUAAAGUAGAAAAGGAGGAGAUCCAUUUCCCUCCGGUUAUCCGCACCGGCCAAGGCAACCAGAUGAAGGAAAUGUGUAAAGAAAUGAACAGCAUCAUGUUGGCGGUGAACCAGCGCUCAGAGCAGCAGACGCAGAAGCUGGAGGGAAUGGAGAAACUGGUGAUGAGCAUCCAGCAGGCGGUCAGCUUCAUCGGGGAAACCGUCAAAACUUCCAAAAUUAUGGAUAUUAUGUUCAAAGGCCCGGCUUCUCGGAAGAACAAAACCGCUUCGGGACUAAAGUCGAAGGAUAACAAGAUCAAACCCAGCAGCAAGUGUGAGAACAGUGAGCCGGUCAAUGCUAAGCUAAAAGAACCCAAAGGUUUUCAUCUGAGCCUCAAAGGCCUCAAAGCACAGAAGAAGAAGAAACCACCAGAUUCAGCUGCAGACAAAGUCUUUCUGAGAAAGCAGGCGCUGUUGCUUGAAGAAGUUCAGAAACUCAACCAAGAGAACGCCGAGCGCUCAAAACCGUCCCUGAAUCAGGAGGAUGGCGUGCAGAAAUCAGAAAAUGUCUCGGUUACUCCAGAUCUGCAGGACAUUAUCCUGGAGGAAGCCAAGCCGAUGGAGGACGAGCCGAGAAAGAAGACAAAAGUAGAGAAAAAGGUGACUCUGGAUCUCAAAGAAGACCAGAUGAAGGAACCAGAGACGAAAACAGAGGAGAUCCGAGGGGAAACGCAGAACUUAGAGACUGAAGAAAAGCUGCUGAAGACCACAGAUGAGCUUAAAGAUCAGAAAACAGACGAUACGGAGAGCAAGACGACUACUGAGGGCCCUUCAGUAGCUGACAUUAUUGACACAAAGGCUACUGAAGCCGCUACAGAAGAUGUUAUUUCUGACAAAGAGACUAUUAAGGGCACUUCAGAAGCUGACAUUACUGACACAAAGACUAUUGAGGGCACUUCAGAAGCUGAUAUUACUACUAUAGAGACUUCUGAGGGCCCUUCAGAAGCUGACAUUACUGAUAUAGAGACUACUGAGGGCCCUUCAGAAGCUGAUAUUACUGACACAGAGCCGCCAACACCUGAGAACUCAGAAAUAAGCGAGUCCGAGCAGGUAGAUGAAGUGACGACCAGCAGCAAACGACGCGUGACAGAGGAAGAUCUGGGUUUGGAGGACCAUAAAAAGAGCCGUGUUGAGGAUGGAGAAGAGCAGGAGCCGGAGCCGCCGGAGCCUGAAGAUCUGCGCGCUGUGUUUAAAGCCGACGGUGUGGAGAUCCAGAUCGACUUCAGCAAACUGAAGAAGCAGAGCUUUGAGGUUGAAGAUGAUGAAGAUCACGGCGAUCACUUCUUCAUUGACUGCACGCCGCCUCCAGCAGCUCCGUUCAACCACCGCGUGGUGUCCGCAAAACCCCACCAGAUCAGCACAUUCUACACCAUCAACCAGCAGGAGGUUCUCGGAGGUGGGCGAUACGGUCAGGUUCAUAAAUGUAUUGAAAACUCCUCUGGACUCACUCUGGCUGCCAAAAUCAUCAAAGCUAAGAGUCAAAAAGAAAAGGAGGUGGUGAAGAAUGAGAUCCAGGUAAUGAACCAGCUCGACCAUGCUAACCUGAUCCAGCUCUACGCAGCCUACGAGUCCAGAAAUGACAUCAUCCUCGUGCUGGAAUAUGUUGACGGAGGCGAGCUCUUCGACAGGAUCAUUGAUGAAAACUACAAGCUGACGGAGCUGGACACGGUGAUGUUCAUCCGGCAGAUCUGCGAAGGCCUGCGCUACAUGCACAAAAUGUACAUCCUCCAUCUGGACCUGAAGCCGGAGAACAUUCUGUGUGUGAGCAGAGUUACCAAUAAAAUCAAGAUCAUCGACUUCGGCCUCGCCAGAAAGUAUCAGCCCAGAGAGAAGUUACGGGUUAAUUUCGGCACGCCGGAGUUUCUCUCUCCUGAAGUGGUCAACUAUGACUUUGUGUCCUUCAACACGGACAUGUGGAGUUUGGGCGUCAUCACGUACAUGCUGCUCAGCGGUUUGUCGCCGUUCCUCGGGGAUGACGAUAACGAGACGCUCAACAAUAUUCUGGCCUGUCAGUGGAACUUCGAGGAGGACGAAUUCUCUGAGGUCUCAGCUGAAGGCAAAGAUUUCAUUUCCAAACUCCUGGUGGUGGAUAAAAGUUGGAGAAUCGGAGCGACAGAAGCGCUCAGACACCCGUGGCUGUCAGACGCAGCGGUUCACUUCCGUCUGCAUGAAAGGAAAAAUAAGUGCCGCUCACGCAGAAACUCCUGUCUGCCUCCACCAGAGAGUUAAUAGGGACCAAGCCUGAGGAUUACUGGACAUUAUAUUAUAUACAGAUUUAUUUCAUAAACUGCAUUUUCACAGUUUGUUAACAUGAUGUUAGUUGAUAUUUAUUCAAUUAUUUACACUGUAAAACAUCCUUUUCUUUCUUUUUUUUUGUCUUGUUUCUAGUCCAAAAAUCUAAAAAGUCUUAAAUCAAGAAGCAUUUUAUAUAAUUAUAGCAAAAUAUUGUGCUGUUUUUAGAAAUAUUGAGUCAAAAUGAAGAGAGUUUAUGUUUAAAAUGAGCAAAAUCAUCUUAUUUCAAAGUUACUUAUCGAUUGGCAGAUUAUUUUUCCUUUGUUAGAAAGUAAAAACUCACUAAAUUCGGACUCAUUAUUUCUGAAAACAAGACUUUAUUUUGCGCUUGUCCAGAAAAUGCUGACUGAUUUAAGAGUUUUUAGAUAUUUGGACUAGAAACAAGACACAAACUCUCAGUUAGUAAAGCAUUUUUGCAGUGAAUGAAGCAUGAGGACGAGAUUACUUCAGAGAAAAUAAACUAAAUGUACAUACUUGAACCAUAAAGCAGCCCAAAAAUCACUUCGAUAUCAUAAUAAAGUCAUAUCCGGAUAUUUCAACUGUAUGUAAACUCAAUAUUUGUCAGUUUUGGUAUUCAUAUCUUGUGAAUUUCAGCAGUUUACAUCAACAUUUUACCUCUGCUUCUCAAGACGAUCUACAAUAAUGCUUCAGGAUGAUGUUUAUAUUAUGAUCAUGUCAUUAUUUAUACAUAUAUUGAUUUGUUCUGCUUUAAACUCAACCGUCUUUAAAUUCAUUUGUGCGAACAGAAAUAAAAACAUCAGAAUUGCAUAUAAAAUGAGGUCAAAUAAAACAACAUUAAUGGACUCUACAUUGAGGAAUAGUGCUGAGUUAUUGACCUUUAAGCCUCUUCAGUGUUAAACUGAUCCGUGAAUAUGUGAUAUUAUAUCUGAAUUACAAAGUAAUAUGAGAGAUUAUCGACUCGAUACUGUUGUCAUGAUUGUUGAUUUUAUGUUUCUGCAAGAAUGUAAAGGGAUUCAAGGUGUGAUUUUGAUGGAAAGCUCAAAAACUAUGGCGUAAAUCUAAAAUAUAUCAAUGUUUGUUUGUUUUUUCACUGUUUUGAAUGUAUAACUUGGCAUUAUCUGCACUUUAGGAGAUUAUUUAACAGAAUUUCUUUAUUAAUGUUUAAGUUUUUGGUUUUAUAAUGUCUUUUUCAUGUAGUCGUGAAUGAAAACAGUGUACAAUAUAGAGGAAUAUAAUAAAAGAGACGUCUUACA